GCUUGAUUUCUAAGUUCUCUGCUUGCUCCGUCAUGCUGAGCAUCCAGCUUGAGCGUGGGGGCCUCUGGCUACCGGUUUUACUGUCGAGUUUUGUUCCUGGGCCUCUGUUCUUGUGGGUCAGCCACUCUGUGUGGGUGACUCCCCGCGCCGGCCCCUGUCCCUAAGCUGUUGCUCACUGAAGCACUGGCGUUUGGCUUUUUGGAAGUUCUCUCUCACUCACUGAAAAUGCAGGAAGCUUGAACGUGAAACUCACUCAUCAAAAAGAAACACACACACACACACACACACACACAGAGCGCAAGAAACCACAGGGCCUAUCGGCCUGUCGUCAUUGAGCAGACUAGAAUAGUGCAGAAAACUCUAGGCAGAGAGGAAAUGAACUUGAGAGAAGGGGGAACACAGGGCAGAGAGGAGAGAAAGAAGGCGGGAGUGGAAGGAGCGGGCUGAGGCGCAGGGGCACGGGAUGGUGGGAAGAUGGGGGACGCGGCGGUGAAGCAGGGCUUCCUGUACCUUCAGCAGCAGCAGACUUUUGGAAAGAAAUGGCGCCGAUUCGGGGCUGUGCUAUAUGGCGGGUCAGGCUGCGCCCUGGCCCGGCUGGAACUCCAGGAGGGCCCGGAGAAGCCACGCCGGGGCGAGGCCCCGAGGAAGGUGAUCCGCCUCGGUGACUGCCUGCGGGUGGCCGAGGCUGGUGGGGAGGCCAGCAGCCCUCGGGACACCAGCGCCUUCUUCCUGGAGACCACAGAGCGCCUAUACCUGCUGGCGGCCCCCACUGCAGAGCGUGGUGACUGGAUACAGGCCAUCUGCCUCCUGGCCUUCCCCGGCCAGAGGAAGGAGCUGUCGGGGCCGCAGAGGAAGGGCGGCAGGCCCUGCAUGGAGGAGAAUGAAUUGUACAGCAACAGGACCACAGUGGCCCCCUGCAAAAAGUUUGCAGUGACCAUGAGACCCACAGAAGCCAGUGAGAGGUGCCGGCUGCGGGGCGCCUACACGCUCCGGGCUGGGGAGAGUGCCCUGGAGCUGUGGGGUGGCCCUGAGCCGGGCACCCAGCUGUACGAGUGGCCCUACAGAUUCCUGCGGCGCUUUGGGCGGGACAAGGUAACCUUUUCCUUCGAGGCUGGCCGGCGCUGCAUCUCUGGGGAGGGCAACUUUGAGUUUGAAACCCGGCAAGGCAACGAGAUCUUCCUGGCACUGGAGGAGGCCAUCUCUGCCCAGAAGAAGGCUGCCUCUCCUGGGCCCCAAACCCAGCCAGCCCCGGCGCCCAUGGUGCUGCCCCGGCCAGACAGCCCAUACGCCCGGCCCCACGACUCACUGCCACCACCGUCGCCCACCAUCCCGGUGCCUGCCCCCCGGCAGCGGGGCCCGGAGGGGGAGUAUGCGGUGCCCUUCGAUGCGGUGGCCCGGAACCUGGGGAAGAGCUUGAGGGGCGUCCUGGUCGUCCCUCCCCAGCCCCAGGCAGAUCCUCUGUACGACAGCAUUGAGGAGCAUCCGCCUCCACGACCUGACCACAUAUAUGACGAGCCUGAGGGGGUGGCCACCCUGUCCCUGUAUGACAGCCCACAGGAGCCCCAGGGUGAGGCCUGGAGGAGGCAGGCCACAGCAGAUGGGGACCCCAGAGGCCUCCAGCAUGUCUACACAGCAGAGAAGGACUUUUCUGCCUCUGGCUGGCCACAGGGAACUGAGUAUGACAACAUCAUACUUAAGAAAGGCCCGAAGUGAUGAGGGGUGGAGGAGACGCGGACCCCAUUGAAUGCCAGCGCUGGCGUGGUCCUGUGCACACUGGCCAGGGUUAGAGGCCAGGGAGGAGGCCUCCUCUUCUAGCUGCUGCUGGGGACUCCUGGCCACGGCCUCCCAGGAACCUCUCUCUGCUCCUUCCAGAACCCUAGGCUUGGCCGCCUCAGUUUGGUCUGAGGAUCCCUCCCAGGGCCUGCUGCGUGAGUCAUGAUCCCUGAGCAGGAACAGUGCCCUGAGGAGACCCACUCUCCUCCUACUCCUUUUCUACUUCCUCUUCUUUCUUUCCCCAGCCUAAAGGGAACCUCUGGCAUUUGGGGAAGAGGACAAAAAGAUGGCCACACAUGGCCCCGGUUCCUUGGCUUGUGCAGGCUACCAGCCUGCUGAUGUCCCCUUCAGGGGACAGCCCGGGAGGAUGACUGAAGCUUUCUGCAGGUUUUGGACUUCUCCGUGGCAUUAAACAUUUCUGAAAUAUU